GCUUUGUGCUUGUCACCAACUAUGGAGCUGGCACUGCAAACACUAGACUGUGUCAAGCAGAUGGGUAAAAAAUGUAAAGACAUCACCAUCCGCUCUGCUGUAAAAGGAGACAGUGUUUCCCGUGGACAAAGGAUCACUGAUCAUAUAGUAAUUGGCACCCCAGGGAAGGUUGUUGAUUGGGUCACAAAGUACAAAUGCCUUGAGUUACGCUUCUGUCGAGUAUUUGUGCUUGACGAAGCUGAUGUGAUGAUUGCUACCCAGGGCCAUCAGGACCAGUCUGUGCGAAUCCAUAAACAACUUCCCCAGACUUGUCAGAUGAUGUUGUUCUCAGCUACCUAUGUUGAUGAGGUUGUUACUUUUGCUGAGGCCAUCAUUAAGAACCCAGUCAUACUCCGUCUGAAGAGGGAAGAGGAAACACUUACUAAUAUUAGACAGAUGUAUGUUGAAUGUUAUAGCCAGGAAGAGAAGUACCAGGCAAUCGCUAACAUCUACACCAUCCCAGUGGGCAGUGCCAUGUUCUUCUGCCACACUAAACACAAUGCUAAUUGGUUGGCAACACGUCUUAAGAAGGAUGGUCACCAAGUAGCGCUACUGACGGGUGACCUGACACCAGAUGAGCGAGUGCGAAUAUUGAUCCGCUUCCGCGAGGGCACUGAAAGGGUGCUCAUAUGCACCAAUGUCCUUGCCCGAGGGAUUGAUGUUGACACAGUCAACUUAGUGGUCAACUAUGAUCUCCCAGUAUUACAUGGGAGUUUUAGGGCAGACUGUGAGACGUACUUACAUAGAAUUGGUCGUACUGGUCGCUUUGGUAAGACUGGCAAUGCCAUUAAUAUUGUAGAUGGCCAAGAUGACCUCCGGUUACUGAGAGAAAUUGAGGAUCACUUCAAUAUCAAAAUUAUCAAACUGGACUACAACAACAUUGAUGAAAUUGAGAAACUUAGUGAAGACUAAAGUAACAUUGUUGAUAACAUAGCUAUUCAGUAUUUUGCAAAUAAGUUACUUAAGCUUUCAGUCAGUCAUAAUUGAAUGAUAUAAACCACAAACUUGCAUAAAAUACAAAGUAUUGGGCAUUAUUUGUCAUUUUAUCAUAUAGUGCAGCGCAUUGACAGUAGAUAAGCAAGCCUCGUUCAGCACAGAGAACUGAAUCUGACCCUCGUGCAGCACAGAGAACUGAACCUCAACCUCGUGCAGCACACUAUUACAACAGUACACUAUUACAACACUCAAGGACGUGUUUUAAGAUAAGAGCUUUUGGAAAUGAUGAAUGGCGGAAAACUAUUGAUUUUACAGAAAUCCUGGAAAUUUAAAAAUAUAUGACUAUGAGCUUGUACAGUAUAUCACUGAAUUAUUACACAUGGUGUUUAGAGCUUUGAAAGAGAAAUGAGUAGAUUCACAGGCAUGAACAGCAGGUUGACUUGCAAAUAUAUUAUGACUACAGUAUUGAAAUGCUAACAAGUAUAUUUCAUCACAUGUGAAUGAGCUUUAUUGUUACUGAGCUCUCCUUCGUAUACUUUCUUAUGCAUCAACUCUUAUUUAGUUUUAAGGAUUCAUCAAGACACAUCAUUUAUAAUGCACAUAGAAAUUAUUCAGUGUAGUUCCUCCAUGCAUUAAGUCUCACAACCCCAACCUGCACGAUGUCGAUCGCUGCAUGUCCAUGUUUUUUUCCAUAAAUUUCAUUGUAAAAUUGUUCCUCUCAUGUAUAAUAAUACAUUAAGUACUUUUAGCGCUGUUGUAGAAAUUACAGUGCUGUUAUAGGUAACAAUUAGUAUUAUUGAAAUUAAAGAAGAUUUGUAUUUUUUAAUACAGUAAGCAUGUUAAAGCAGUUUAAUGGUGAUAAAUGAUAUUUAUAUUUUAAGCAAUCAUGGCCUUCCGAAAAGGUGCAAAGAUUUAUUUUAAGUCUAGAAAUAACGAUGUUCAUUAAUGUUGAUGAAUCUGAAUGUGUAUUGGUUCACGUUAUGACCAGUCAAGAAAAAAAUGGUCAAUGAGCUCUGCUUUAUAUUUCUGAUCUGUACAUCAUAUAUAUGUGAGAGAUGUGCUGAUUAUUGUAAUGUAGUACAGUACGGUAUAUUACUAAAACUCAUUAUUUGUAAUGUUGAUAAAAUGGCAGAUGGUUGCUCCUUUUUUCUGCAGUACAUGUUCAGCAGAGGGGGAAAGGGUUUUGUGGAAAUACAGUAGGUAUUAAUAAGGACUUAAGCAAUAAUGUAUUAGGUUGAUGGAUAAGAUAAAUUAAUGAUAAAUCAAUAGCUGAGCACAUUAUAUACUGUAUAUUGUAUCUUUGUGAUUGGGCUCUCCAGCCAUGUUAAUGUGCCCACUCACAGACCAUUACAAUGCUGACACCAGGUCUCUAAAAGUGCCCUUGGUAAGGAAACCCUCACAUUAUUAUCUGUGCCUGAAACCAUUCUUUUUUUAAUUCUUCACACAUCUUAUUACCAUGUUUUAUAUUAUAUUUCAAGGACUUCAAAAGUUUUACUGAUGUGACUUAGUGUUUAAUAAUAAUAAAAAGGAGAACCAUUACCUCUACUUGAUGUUAGUAUAUGAGAGCGGCUUUUGAUCCCUCCGACUGAGGAUUUGUUGUGUUUACAAUGUAAGGAUAUGCUGAAUAUUGUACAAUGAAGAAACAAACUGUGAUAAGUAUCAUCAAAGUGGACAUAUUUCUGUUCUCUGUGGAAAUCCUUUACGAAAUGUCCAUGGUGUAUGCAGAUUACCUGCCAAUUUCCUUGAAAAAAAAAAAACUUUUAAAAGGAUUGAUAGGAAAUGAACACUUUAAUAAAAAAUGUGAUGUACAUAUAGUAUAAAUAUAUAUCAUAAAACGGAAGACUUGAUACACAGUAAGGAAGAAUACUUUGGGUAUGUUGUCAAAUUUUAUGGAGAAUAGAAGAAUAAGGUUUUAAAGGAAUUUGGCCAUAAUCUUGCAGUAAUGUUAGUACAUAUUCAUUACAUAGUCAUAUUGUUAAAAGUCAUUGUUGUGUAGUGUGAUAUGGGUCAUUUUUAAUUUUACACUUUUAUAAAAAUGAGUAAAUUUUUUAUUACAAAUACCUCUGCUGUAUCAAUUCAGAAAUGUCAUAUGAAAUAAUUAUAUUUAGACAAUGUGUAUCAUGUAAUAUUUUAGAUAUUGAAAAAAGAAAUAACUUGCAAUAAGUGACAUAGACUGAGGUAAAGAAAUAAGUUGCAACAAGUAAUAUAGAGUGAUAGUGCAGUUAGUGGUGUUACACAAGCAGUUGUUGUACACUCCCUGCAGCAACACACUUAUGGAGGGCAUUUUACCAACACUUCCACUCUUGCCAUAACACACCACUACAUGACUGCUCUACAUUUUUUGAAAAAUGUAUUACACAUUUUAUCAUGUUUCACAUGGGGUAAGAUAUAAAUGCUGCUGCUUUUAAAUUAAUUUUAUUGUUUUAGGUACUUGUGGGUAAUGCACAAACCCAUGAAAAGUAAGAGGAAAUAAACAUUGAUCUGCC